UUCGGGCGGCCUGGAGGGCGCGCGCUGAUUGGCGGCCCGGCCUGCGCGCGGGCUACGGCGUCCGGCAGGGGGCGGUGGCGGCCGUUGGCCGAGGGUCCGGAGGCGGGGCCGCGGGCCUCGGGCGCUGCGAGCCCAGCGGGCCACGACUCGGCCGGGACAGGGUGCGGACUGAGGCGAUGGGCGACCGCGGCGGCGCGGGCGGCUCCCGGCGCCGGAGGACCGGUUCACGGCCUUCGAGCCAGGGCGGCGGUGGGCCCGCAGUGGCGGAAGAGGAGGCGCGGGACGUGGGCGCCGGGGGAGACCCUCCGGCGCCGGCAACGGCCCCGGACAAGGACGAGGACGGAGACUCCGCCGUGGGCAGCGGCCACUGGGACCUGAGGUGCCACCGCCUGCAAGAUUCUUUGUUCAGCUCUGACAGUGGCUUUAGCAACUACCGUGGGAUCCUGAAUUGGUGUGUGGUGAUGCUGAUCUUGAGCAAUGCCCGGUUAUUUUUAGAAAACCUCAUCAAGUACGGCAUCCUGGUGGACCCCAUCCAGGUGGUGUCCCUGUUCCUGAAGGACCCCUACAGCUGGCCCGCCCUGUGUCUGGUUAUUGUGGCCAAUGUCUUUGCCGUGGCUGCAUUCCAGGUGGAGAAGCGUCUGGCAGUGGGUGCCUUGACGGAGCAGGCAGGCUUUCUGCUGCACGUGGUCAACCUGGCCACCAUUCUCUGCUUCCCGGCUGCCGUGGCCUUGCUGCUCGAGUCCAUCACUCCAGUGGGCUCCGUGCUGGCUCUGAUGGUGUACACCAUCCUCUUCCUCAAGCUCUUCUCCUACCGGGACGUCAACCUGUGGUGCCGAGAGCGGAGAGCUAAGGCCAAGGCCAAGGCCACGUCUGCUUCUGCAGGUAAGAAGGCCAACGGGGGAGCUGCCCCGAGCACCGUGAGCUACCCAGACAACCUGACCUACCGGGAUCUGUACUACUUCCUCUUGGCUCCCACUCUGUGCUAUGAGCUCAACUUUCCCCGUUCUCCCCGCAUCCGAAAGCGCUUCCUGCUGCGGAGGCUCCUUGAGAUGCUCUUCCUGACUCAGCUGCAGGUGGGGCUGAUCCAGCAGUGGAUGGUCCCCACCAUCCAGAACUCCAUGAAACCUUUCAAGGAUAUGGAUUAUUCACGCAUCAUCGAGCGCCUCCUGAAGCUGGCGGUCCCCAACCACCUCAUCUGGCUCAUCUUCUUCUACUGGUUCUUCCAUUCCUGCAUGAACGCCGUGGCUGAGCUCAUGCAGUUUGGAGACCGGGAGUUCUACCGGGACUGGUGGAACUCUGAGUCCGUCACCUACUUCUGGCAGAACUGGAACAUCCCUGUGCACAAGUGGUGCCUCAGGCACUUCUACAAGCCCAUGCUUCGGCGGGGCAGCAGCAAGUGGGUGGCCAGGAUGGGGGUGUUCUUUGCCUCGGCUUUCUUCCACGAGUACCUGGUGAGCAUCCCCCUGCACAUGUUCCGCCUCUGGGCCUUCACGGGCAUGAUGGCUCAGCUCCCCCUGGCGUGGAUAGUGAGCCGCUUCUUCCAGGGCAACUACGGCAACGCGGCCGUGUGGCUGACACUCAUCAUUGGUCAGCCCGUGGCCGUGCUCAUGUACGUCCACGACUACUACGUGCUCAACUACGAGGCCCCGGUGGCCGGGGCCUGAGCGGCUCCACAGCAAGUCCUCACUGCCACCUCCUCUCACCUCACUGCCCGCAGCCAGAGCCUGUCCCCUACCUGUGUGCUAGGGAGGGGGCUUGGCUGUCCAUUGCCUCCUCCCAGAUACCCCCUGCACCGGAGGCCCUCUCUGCCCCUAUGGGGCUCCUUCCUGCCCUGCUCAGGGAUGGCAGACCAGGCACAGGCCGGUGCUGGUGGAAGGUGCCAGCGGCCCAAGACUGUGCCAGUCCUGCCCAGGGGUCUGAGGGAAUCAAUAAAGUGCUGUCCAGA